CAUCAGAAAAUCGUGCGAGCAAGUUCAGAAAACUCAGUUCAAUCCGUGUGCAAGAGAAGGUGUGAAAAUUGCAUCACCCGAAAUUGUUUUAAUUGCAAGUGUUUUAAACUAAAAGAAGAGGGUACAUAAAAUGGUUCGUCGUGGAAGGUCCGCUUCUCCGCCACCGGCUGCCCGCAGAUCCCCACCGUCAGCUCCCCCACGUCAGGCCGCCCCGGCCCCACCACCACGCGCCGCCGCCCCUCCGCCAUCCCAGCCGAUGGUCCAGCACGCCCCACCGAGCGCCGUUGCUCCGCCGAUGGCCGCCCCCAGCCAGGGCCCCGGUCUGAUGGCCCAGAUGGCCGCCACGGCCGGAGGUGUCGCGAUCGGUUCCGCCGUCGGUCACACCAUUGGCCACGCCAUGACCGGCAUGUUCUCCGGCUCGGACUCGAAGGAAGCGGCACCGGUUGCCCAAGCUCCGGCUCCAGUUCCGCAGUACGCUGCAGCCCCCGAAUCGAACGCCGGCGGACCGUGCUCGUGGGAGAUUAAGCAGUUCCUGUCGUGCGCCCAGAACCAGCACGAUCUGACGCUCUGCGAUGGGUUCAACGAGGCGCUGCGACAGUGCAAGGUGCAGAAUAACAUGUAAACCGUGUAACGAUUGUUGGAAUUGGCCAAGGAUUGCGAAAUUACCGUAGUCUAAAUAUUGUGUAGUGUUCAUUUCAAAUGAUUUUAAAAUAAUUUGGUUUGCAGUUUGAAUAAAAUUGUCCCCGAUGGCCAAGUGUCGAAUCGUUUUCCUGCAAUGACCACUAAUUCACUGUGGUUGUCUAUAGAGCUAAGAGUAAGUCGAUAUUAUUGUGUAAUAAUCAAGUUUUAUAUAUUUGUUUCAAGACUAAGUUAAUAAACAAGUAGUUUGUAGGGAGUU